AUGUCGACAGACGAAACAGACAAUACGAAUGAAACCAAUGAUGAAAACGCAUCGAAGGAUCGCAAAAGUUCUCGUCGUCAACGUCAACAACUUCGAUUUGUUGAAGAUGAACAAGAAGACAAAGAACCGAAGUCUCCCUCAACUUUCAAGCCGCCCACACGAGCCAGUCGAUUCCUAUCUAUUUGUGAACCAUCCAUUGAAUUACCUAAAGUCAAUCUUUUGCACUUACGAGAGCUACACAAUCAAACAGUUGAUGAAAAAGAUUCCACUGAAUUGACGAAUGAAGAAUUUGAUAAAAUACCAUUUAAAAUUCAAAUCAUUCGCGAACGAUGCGAUGAUCUCGACAUUGCUCCAACAAAUUCUAAAGCAAAACCAGCUUUGGACAUACUAACGGUGAUUCCAAGUGCUUUAACGAAUCAACGUCGUUUAGAAAUUAUCGAGGAAAUUUUAAAAAAACUUAGUCAAACGAAUGUUCUCGACGAAAUUCGCCGAGCUAAUGCUAUUCCCUACCACUUACCACAAGACAACCAACUACAAAAAAAUGUUGCUCGUCGCAUCCGAGAAUUAACCGGUAGUGAUGUCGUCAUACUCAAUGAUCAUCUCUAUAUGAAAAAUCUAUGCAAGUCCAUCAAAGAAAAACGACAAAAAGACUUGCAAAAGAAGUUCGACCGACUGGCAGCUAAUGAAAAACAACGACAACUAUUGGAAUAGAUAUAUGAUCUUGAAUGGAUGCAAUAUCAUGUUUUUUUUUUGAUUAACAAAGCCUACUUUGAAGAAAAUGUUGCGUAUACUCUCAUUGGUGUUGGUCACGUUUGCGUGCUUCACACUCUCUUUAGCAGGUUUCAAUGCAAUACUAAUCCAUGUGAAUUAGGAGGCGAUUUUGUGGCACCUAAUUAUCAAUGUCUUCCAGCCACAGAUAAUAUUAAUAAUGUCGUUUGUACAUGUCCCGAUGGACAUGCGGAAAUAAAUCGACGUUGUCGUAUCUGUGAUGCGAUCAAUUGUGGACCGAACGGAGUCUGUAUAGAAAGAUCGUUUUUUGAAGGUCUGUUCUAUGCAUGCGGAUGUACAAAUGGGACAAAUAAUUAUCUAAAUCCAGGACCAUGUCCCGGAGCUAAUCCAACAACGACAACAACAACAGCAGUUCCUCCGACUGGCAUUUGUCUCAACGGUGGUGUGUACAAUAGCAUAACCGGAACAUGUACGUGUAUUAAUGGCUAUACUGGUCUUUACUGUGAAAUACCAAGUGGCCAAACAGGUUGUCAAAAUGUAGUUUGUGCCAAUGGUGGUGUCUGUAAUCCUAAUCCUCCGACUGAAAAUGGAGUUAUCAUGCAUUGCACAUGUGCCGCUGGUUUUGCUGGUCCAAAUUGCGAAUUAGUUGGUACACUCGGUCGUUGCGUGGCAGGUCUUUGUCAAAACGGUGGCGUCUGUGAAGAAAGAGUCACUGGUUCCUUAGUCUACGCUUUCUGUCGAUGUCCACCGGGAAUAACAGGUCAAUGUUGCCAAUCGUCAUAUUUUUCGUGUCCAAUGACCGGCGUCUACGCUGAUCCAAUCAAUUGUAAAUUCGGAAGAUAUUUUCAAUGUAAUGGUUAUACACUCUCUUCUCUUUCAUGUCCGCGAGGUCUUCGAUAUAAUUUCAUGAAGAUGCGUUGCGACACUGACGUUUCAUGUCCACCAUAA